UAAAAGAUCGACCUCUGCGGAGGAGGCCCGUGAAGGAUGCUGCAGGGUAGUUGGAGGCAUUCAUCCUACAACAACGAGGUCAGAGGAGUGACACAUCAAUGGGUGGAGCGCUGGGUGGCUAAAAUGCAGCAAGUUGGCACAGUGGCUGCCAGUUCCUCUGCCACUUUGCUGGACAGAAUUGGUCAUAUGGAGCGAAAACAAUCAGCGGGAGAGAAACCAUUCAAGUGUACUUUGUGUGGGAAGGCAUUUUCACGGUCAUCAAAUCUUCAGGGCCACCAGAGAACACACACGGGUGAGAAACCCUUCAAGUGCACUGUGUGUGGGAAGGCGUUUCCACAUUCAUCGCAUCUUAAAAUACACCAGAGAAGUCACACAGGAGAGACACCCUUCAAGUGCACUGUUUGUGUGAAGGCGUUUGCAGAGUCAUCAUCUCUUAAAAGACACCAGAGAAUACACACAGGAGAAACACCCUUCAAGUGCAUUGUGUGUGGGAAAGCCUUUGCACUGUCAUCAGGGCUUAAAAGACACCAGAGAAUACACACAGGAGAAACACCCUUCAAGUGUACUUUGUGUGGUAAGGCAUUUGCACAUUCAUCAAGUCUUCAGGGCCACCAGAGAACACACACGGGAGAGAAACCCUUCAAGUGCACUGUGUGUGGGAAGGCGUUUCCACAUUCAUCGCAUCUUAAAAUACACCAGAGAAGUCACACAGGAGAGACACCCUUCAAGUGCACUGUUUGUGGGAAGGCCUUUGCAAAGUCAUCCCAUCUUAAAGCACACCAGAGAAUACACACAGGAGAAACACCCUUCAAGUGCAUUGUGUGUGGCACGGCCUUUGCACAGUCAUCAUAUCUUAACAUACACCAGAGAAUACACACAGGAGAAAAACCCUUCAAGUGUACUGUGUGUGGGAAGGCAUUUGUACGGUCAUCAAAGCUUCAGAGCCACCAGAGAACACACACGGGAGAGAAACCCUUCAAGUGCACUGUGUGUGGGAAGGCAUUUGCAGAGUCAUCAUAUCUUAAAAUACACCAGAAAAGUCACACAGAAGAGAUACCCUUCAAGUGCACUGUUUGUGGGAAGGCCUUUGCAAAGUCAUCCCAACUUAAAACACACAGGAGAAGUCACACAGGAGAGACACCCUUUAAGUGCACUGUUUGUGGGAAGGCCUUUGCAAAGUCAUCCCAUCUUAAAACACACAAGAGAAUACACACAGGAGAGACACCCUUCAAGUGCACUGUGUGUGGGAAGGAAUUUUCACUGUCAACACAUCUUAAAAAACAUCAGCGAACACACGUAGGAGAAAAACCCUUAAAGUGCACUGUGAAUGGUGGGAAGGGUUUUCGACAGUUAGGGGAUCGAAACAAGCAUCAAACCAUUCAUCAGGAAAUUGAUCUGAAAUCGGCUUGUGAAAGUCAAAGUGCUGCAAUUAGUCCAUCCCUCAUGAAACAAGAACCAGAAAAACAUUUGAGUUAUGAAACGUGGCCAGGAGUGAAGGCGAAAUGUCAAGAAGUGAAAAUGAAAUUUGAAUCAGUGAAGGUGAAAAGUGAAGUGACGGUAAAGUCUGAAGAAGUGAUAGUGAAAUGUGAGGAUGAAGAUUCAACUCCAAAAUCCGACCUUCACAUUGAUCGAGGCAGCGUUAAGCUGGAGGAGACUGUGGACUCUGAGGCAGAGCAAGGCAACUCCCAGCAAUUUGUGGAUGUGGAGGUGUGGGUGGAUUUUUUAGGCAAUACUGAGUCAAAUGGAGACCAAGUAGAUGUGCAUCAUUGAGCUUCAAUCCAUUCACAGGCCUUUCCCAUAAUAGAGGUUUUUUGGGUUAGAUCGCGUAAAUAUGUAAAUGUGUCGUUAAAACCCGCCACCACCCGACAGCCAACUAGUAAGGGUUGUCACGUAAACGGAACAUGCCAAUUCAUCACUAGUACAGCACACCGGUGUGUUGGAGAGCCAAGCCACAACAUUUGCAAUCUGAGUGACGUUUCGCCAGUCAUUACAACUAGCUUCAUCAGGCGACAGCCAGAUUCGUGCCUUUAUAAUUGCAAGCGUUUAACCUCCAAGUGCUCAAUAGAAAUAGCCUGAAGCUGGAGGAGGCUGCAGACUGAGAGUGAAAUGAAACCCAGCAGUUUGUGGAGGUGGACUUUUUUGAGGAUGCAGAGUAGGAGCGGCCAGCAUGUGUGGACUUGGAGGUUGGGUAGAUCUGUAAGCAUUAGCGGGAGACAAAAAAGCUCCACAGCAUUCAACGUGUUUAAAAUAAUAUUGAUAUUAAUAAUUGGCGCUUGCAUUAAUGUGUUAUUUCUUUCUCACUAUAUGUAGCCAAUCUUGCUUUUCAAAGGUGAAAUUCUUCAGCAACUACAAGCGGCUUGUAUCAUAUUUCAUCUCAAUAGUUCGAUGGCUAGCCCAAGUGGCAGCUGUCCCUUUUGUGGUAGAAGGUGACUCAGUACCAACCUGCACGUGGACAUGAGCUUGCCAGUUGGGUGGAGCGAUGAUUAAUGUGUAACCCCAGUCGGGUCGUUUGUGGCUAAUCUUUCUAAUCUGGCAAAUUUUGACCCUGACACCAUGAAUGUUGAACAUCCACUGUUAAGCAGAUUUUUGGUCAAUAUUGCAGUAAUCAUGAGGGUUGCCGGACAGAUGUGAACUUUGAACCUCUUUUAACAAAUAUCAACCGUGCUAUCACUCGCAUUCUAAGAAUGCAUGCAUGUGUAGGCAUCCAUUCAAAGAUCAGUGUACUGUUGUUUUCCAAAAUUGAUAUUAAUAAUGAUUUUGCCAAUAUUUUUUUUAAUCACUCACGGGACCGCAGGGAGCACAAACAAAUGGAACCCCCCCCCCCCCUUCCACCACCGGAAAGGGUCAGCCAUAAAGUCAAAUUAAAAAAACACGGAUACACAUCCAACCUUCCCCCCCCACAACACUGAGCGAGAUGAAAGGAAUUCUGGUCCUUUGUGAGAGAGCAGACGGAGUAAGCAUCUUUUUUUUCCUCUCGCAAGAGCCGCGUAUAGGGGAGAUUUUUCGGAUUAUAACAGCAACACAACACACAAUUCAGCUCGACAAUUCAGCGACAUCCCAGAUACCAGCGGAAGUAGACAGCGACCAUCCGCUCGACAAGAAGACAGUAGCUCGGUAAAGGACAGCAAGCCAGCUUCGGGGAAUGGCCUCGAGACAUUAGCAAUGGGUGCUGUGUCUCGCAGAGAAGAGGGGCGAGGUGAUGUUAGGUGCUGAGCUCGACAAUUCAGCUCGGCGAGCGACAGAAGAGGGCAGCGAACGGCAAGCUCCGGGGUGAGACUCUGCAAUCAAUCAGGGAUGGGGAGACUUUCCGAGUGGUGAUGUGUCACCGAACACGAGUUUAGAGCUGACGGAAGAAGUAUUGCUCAAGUCAUUCUAUCCUGAGUGCCAGCUCCCACCAGCAGCUCCACCGAGCAAGGGUGUCCGCCACCAGCGAACGAACUGCACGCGCAAUCGGGCAUCGACAAAGAGCUCAAGUCAUUCUAUCCUGAGUGCCAGCUCCCACCAGCAGCUCCACCGAGCAAGGGUGUCCGCCACCAGCGAACGAACUGCACGCGCAAUCGGGCAUCGACAAAGAGCACGGGGCAGGAGGGAGCACGUGCAACGCAGCUCCUCUAGCAGUGGAAGGAGUCUGCUGCUGUCAGCGGACCAGCAGCGAGCGCGAUCGAGCAUCUUCAAGGAGGGAGCGCGUGCGGCGCAUCUCCUACAGCAGUGGAAAGAGCCUGUAUCUGCCAGCGGACGGACAGCUAAGCCGACGCCCCGAG